AAUGUAUAAAACAAGCAAGCAAAUCUUUUUUUAAAGGAGGGGAUUAAUGUUUUUCUAUAAAUUAGUGACAUCUUUAUCCAUUAUGUAUUAAAUAUGUAUUGCAGAACUGCUUGUUUCGUGCUCUGUGCGAUUUUUGCCUUAAGCAAUGGAGCGCCCAUUGAAGAAAUCCCAUCCGCUAUAGACUACGAAGAUGACCUUUACGUGCCCAUAAGGUUUAUGGAUGGAGUAAGAGUAGCACGUACUGCAUACCCCUUUGCUAGACGUGGUCAUGGUGGCCGAGGUGAUAGUCAAGCAUCGGCCAAUGCUAACGCUCAGGCUGGUGGUAUUGGAGGUUUCGGCGGAGGAGGUGCUGGAGCCAAAGCGGAUGCUUCUGCUUCUGCGCAAGGAUUAGUUUUCCCUAAUGAAUUUGGCGGUCAUCAUGGAGGUCCUCCACCACCACCACCACCACCACCGUCAUUCUCACAUGGAGGUCCAGGAUUCCAACAUCACAGAGGACCUGGUGGAAACAACUUUGGUGGAGGUGGAGGUGGACAUGCCUCAGCAAACUCUGGUGCUACAGCUAACGCCGGAGGAUUUGGAGGAUCCUCGUUCCCUCAAGGUGGAGGUGGUGGUGGUGGUGGCUUUGGAUUCUUAGGUGGAGGUGGAUUCGGCGGUGGACAAUCUUCAGCCAACUCGGACGCACAAGCUGGUGCCGGCAGUAACGGAGGCGGAUCACCAUUUGGUCAUGGAAAUGGCGGUUUUUCACAAGGAGGCGGUAAUAAUGGAGGUGCUUCGGCAGGUGCUUCUGGAGGUAGUUCGGCAGAUGCUAAUGCACAAACUCAAAGUUUCUCUGGCAACGGAUUUACUGGUACCUCUUCAUCAGCAAGUUCCUCGAGUAGAAGUGAUGGUUUUGGCCAUGGUGGAGCCAACAGCCAAGCUACCGCAAACGCUGUAGCGGGUCGUUAGAUUAGAAGUUAAGUGUUAAGUUAUAAAACGUUUUUCUAUUGUGUGAUUUUUAUAUGUUUAUUAAAUAUGGUUUUGUGACGUAAA